AUGCGCUGGGGCGUUUCUGUAUCGCUCCUGGUAGCAGGACUGGUUGGAGACGUGUUUGCGGGUGUUCACCACUACCAUGCCCAUCGCCAUCGCCAUCACUUGAUACAGCAUGGCACAAAGCUGGAGUCAAGGGACGCGACCGAGCAUAAUGUGCAGGACAUUCCUGAGGAUGUAGUGGUUGAAUCUACCACCAUGACAACCACCACGACUGUUUACGGAAAAUGCAUGCCAACCAAGACCGUCUUCACGACACUGGAUAUCUUCACCACGAAGACUCAGCAAGCACAAGUGACACCGGAGCAUGAACACCCUCAACCGCUAUGGAAUCAGUUUGGGGCAAAGACAGAAUCGACGAGCACACUGUCCCAGAUCCCGGAACCAGAGCCUACAUCAACGACCUUUAUAACCAGGACGAUUCACAAAACAGCGACAAACACAGUCGUUGUCACGGAAUACCCAGAGGAUAACCACACACCGUUGCCUCACACACCACCGGGACCCUCAGAAAAGAUCGCACUGGCAAAUACUCUUCCCAAAGAUACCACCUCCGAAGAGAAAGCCAUGCCAGAAAAACAACCUCCUCCCAAACCCACCCAACCAAACGGAGACCCCAUCCACGCCGUCCUAGACCUCCCAGGCCAAGUCCUGCCCGAAAUCCCAGUCGUCAACCAAAUCCUCCCAGGCCAAAAGCCCAAACCACACCCACCAACCCCAGUCGAUUGGACAGCCACAGCGAAAGGCGAUUUCUCCAUCAAAGGCUUCGGCGGACGCACACCAGGCUCAGGGAAAGAAAUCCACUACCACGGCAACACCGGCAAGCCAUGGGGCAGCAACAUCAAAAUGAUAGAAGAAUACGAAGCCCACCGCUACAAAUACGUUACGCGAUUCAGGGGCUCGAACGAAAAGCCCUGGAAGGUCAUUGUGUGGAAUAAGUUCGGACCUGAUGGAAAGAUGGAUGGGUGGUACGGUCACUCUGCUGUAACGUUCACUCUUCCGCCCGGUGAGACGAGGUACGUCGCGUUCGACGAGGACUCGGAGGGUGCGUGGGGUGCUGCGCCGGGUGAGCAUUUGCCGAAAGAUAAAUGGGGUGGAUACUCGUCUACGUGGGGUGAGUUUUCUUUUGGAGAUGGUGAGAAUAAUGGGUGGUCUGGUUGGGAUGUUUCUGCUAUCCAGGCUCAGAUUGCCAAGCAGGAUGUGCAGGGGAUGUCGAUUUGUCAGGCUGAUGGGAAGGGAUGUUCGAUUAUUACGCCUGGGGCGAAGAGAGUGGUCGAUGCUUAUACGGAGUCGAUUAAGCAUAAGGAUGGUAUUGGGGGUGCGGCGCCUCCUGGCCCUGUGAGGUUGGAUGUUUUGCUUGAUUAUCGUGGGUAG